AGCUGUCCGGGAGCAGUGAGCGCACACGUCGCUUCUCUCCUCUACAUCGCACCAUUGCGGUAGGAGCGGGGAAGGCAGGCACUCUUCACUUGUUCCUGCACGAAAAGAAAAUCCAGGAGGCAAGUGUGUCUUUUGUGCCGAGUUUCUCACUGAGGAGGACAUUACCUGAGAGGACAUAUAAAAGCAGCUUCCACAGUCCAGCAGAGCGAGGGAGGGACAACUUCUGGCUUUUCGCUCCGUGAUUUUUUCUUCUUUUUUUUUUUAUUUACCACAUCUGCGUAACCUUGGAAGUCAGAUCUGGUUAUUGUGAGAGAGGAUGGGACCGCUACUCCUUUCCCUCGCGCUGUGUCUGAGCGCCGCCGUCCCGCAGCACGCGAGAGCGGCAGAUGGUGAGGAACCAACUUCAGCAGGACCUUGCCAUCCAAACCCCUGCCACAACAGAGGAACAUGUGAGAUCAGUGAGACCUACCGGGGUGACACCUUCAUUGGUUACGUCUGCAAGUGCCCACCAGGCUUCAGUGGAGUUCACUGUCAACACAAUAUUAAUGAAUGCGAAAGGGACCCAUGCAAGAACGGGGGCAUCUGCACAGAUCUGGUUGCCAACUAUUCCUGCGACUGCCCAGGAGAGUACAUGGGGAGGAACUGUCAAUACAGAUGCUCCGGACCACUGGGCAUGGAGGGCGGCAUAAUCUCCAACCAACAGAUAACUGCCUCCUCCACCCACCGUGCUCUCUUUGGCUUGCAGAAGUGGUACCCGUACUUUGCACGCCUCAACAGGAAGGGCCUGGUCAACGCUUGGACUGCUGCCGAAAAUGACAGAUGGCCGUGGAUCCAGAUAAACCUGCAGAGGAGAAUGAGGGUCACAGGACUAAUUACCCAGGGUGCAAAGCGUAUCGGCAGCCCGGAGUACGUGAAGUCUUACAAAGUAGCCUACAGUGAUGAUGGGAAGACCUGGAGAACAUACAAAGUCAAGGGCAAAGAUGAGGAUAUGAUUUUCAGAGGAAACGUCGAUAACAGCGCUCCAUCAGCCAACUCCUUCACCCCUCCUAUUGAAGCGCAGUACGUGCGCAUUUACCCACAAGUCUGCAGGAGGCACUGUACCCUACGCAUGGAGCUGCUUGGAUGCGAGCUAACAGGCUGCUCCGAACCACUUGGAAUGAAGUCAGGCCAUGUCCAGGACUACCAGGUCACAGCCUCCAGCAUCUUCAGGACUCUCAACAUGGACAUGUUCACCUGGGAGCCUGGCAAGGCCCGUUUGGACAAACAGGGCAAGGUCAACGCCUGGACAGCUGGACACAGUGACCAGUCACAGUGGCUACAGGUGGACUUGCUGGUGCCUACAAAGGUCACUGGCGUAAUCACCCAGGGAGCUAAGGACUUUGGCCACGUCCAGUUUGUUGGCUCAUACAAAGUGGCGUACAGUAACGAUGGAGAGCGAUGGAAAGUGUAUCAAGAUGAGAAACAGGGAAAGGACAAGGUGACACGGGGGAACUUUGACAACGACACACACAGAAAGAAUGUGAUAGAUCCACCCAUCUAUGCUCGGCACCUCCGGAUCCUUCCCUGGUCAUGGUAUGGCAGGAUCACUUUGCGUGUAGAGAUACUCGGAUGCACAGAGGAAGAGUGAAGACCUUUUUUCCUCCAUCUUUUUUCGCCAUCGUCCCCUGUCCCUUGGCAUACUGGAUUAUCUCACCCAGUAUUUUUCAAAAUAAACUGUGCAACCUGUAAAAAGAAAUCAAUUUCCAAUGGAUUUUUCAAGAAAAUGUGUUUGGUUGUGGUGGGUUGCUGUUUGUUCUUUUUGUACAAUGAUUUCAAACCUGCCCCCCUGGUUCCACUUUUGUCUUUUUUAGUUUCCCUCUAAGGCGUGAUCUUUGUCUUUUUAUUCUUCUCAAGAGUCACCAUCCUGUAUGGAAUGAACUUCUGUAAAAUAUAAGGGAGGGGUGGAGUUUAUGGGCAGAGUUGGAAAGGGGUCCUGCUGUGGUUUUAAAUUGUUGCCAUAGAAGCUAUUGUACAGUGUCACUUUUUAACAAAGAUGUGAAACCUGUCUGCCGUGCUUCAUUGGCCAUGAUUAACCAUCCUAAUAGCAUAAUAAUCUGUCGAAAAUAAAAUGAAGAGAUCACCUGUUAUCACAUUAGCUAAUAUAUUUUUACUUGGAUUACUACACUUCAUCAAGCCAUGCUUUUACCCUAACAGACACUGGCAUUACUCCAUCAAAUCCAAACACUAUUAAUUCUAUUGUAUAAUAUGUAAAAGACUAAGAAUUUGCAUGGUGCGUGAAUUAUACAUGUAUAUUAUGACAAAUCAUUUAAAACCGCCCUGAAAGCAACGGCUAUGAUUUAGGGUCCUAUUUUUAUGUGCAUUUUUAAAUAGUUCUGAAACAUUAAUACACACUGCAAAAGCUUACCUAGGAUGACUGAUAUGUGCGACAAUAAACAAGCACUGCAGUAACAUGUGGGGCUGCAGCACUGACACUGAGGCUUAUAGGCUGUCUCUAGUUGAAAUGUUGUAAUUGCUUUCAUUGGGAGUUUUCUUUUUUUAAUUAUUGCUACACUUUUUCUAAGAUAUUUGGAAGAAUUGUUUCUGCGUUCUAUUUUUAAUUUUUUUUCUAUUUAUUUAGAUUUAUUGGUCUCAGCUGUCAGAUGCAUAAAAUCCUUCUUUAAUGUCUUUGUGUUGUCUUGGAGAUCUAAGUUGAAUCAAUUAAAAAGCUCAGGAUAGAUGUCAAUCACAGAAACCCACAAAUGUAAAUCUUUUGGCCACAUAUUUAAAGAUUUUCUAAGUAAUAUUAUUUAAAUAAAUGUCAAAUAAGUGAGAUCAUUAUUUAUAUCCCAUCCACGUAAUUCAAAUAUUGAAAAGCAUUCUUUUAUGAUCUUGAUAUAUAAUAUGAUAACUGUUAAUUAAUUUCUUUAUUUUGAAAUGAGAGCGUAUUCCAAGAUAAGACAAAAAUACAUGUCAUAAUCUCAAAUCUGCAAUGAACAGGAACUGUAAUAACAGUACAGAUGGAUUCAAUAUGGGCAGUGUCUAUUUCAGUGGAUCUGCUCUUUAUUGAUAUAAAGUAAUUAAAUGUCAAAGAUGUGCCGGGUCCUUCACUAGAAAUGACAGCAGCUCUGCAUGUUCAUGUGCCACGUUAAGGUUUCAGGGGAUAAAGAUGCUGUUUAUGAAAUUACCACUCUAUGAGCUCCUUUGUAUCCUGCAGUAAAUAAACAGUGAUGCCUGUCUGGUUAAAUAAAUGGAAGCAAAUAGGUACCUGAAGUAUCGCAGCUGAGUCAAACCUUCUUCAUGACUUAAAAAAAGGCCUUGAUUACAGCUGUGUUCUGCACUCUCUUGACUAGUUUUUCACAAAGCUCUCGAGUGGUACAAUAAGAGGGAGCCACGUCUACGUGUACGCUUUGUGUUUCACUUGUCAGUUUUUCAGUCACUAAACUAGUGAAUGAUUUUGUAUCGUCGAAUAAAAUGUCUUUGUUGUGAGAUCACAGCCAAGCCUGAAAUAGAAAGUAAGACAUUUACAAAUCUUAAUGACUUUAAUGCUUUCUUAAUAAUUGUUGUUUGCAAAACUUCAGUGAAAAUACAGUGCCACUUUUAUUUUCAUAGACGAAUAAAAGCGUUUUUGGAUCAAUUCAACAGUGAAAUGAUAAAAAGCACAGUUAGGAGACUACAGAGAAUUGUUGUUAUCUAGUAUAUAACGAUGACAGAGAUCUUUUACCCCAGAUAUUGCCAUUAAGUAAAAACGUGCUUUCAGUGAGAAUCUAUGUCAUAGACACAAUCAUGACACACAUAAACAGACUAUUUCUCCCUGAUUUAUUGUCUCGAUUGUUUUUCAUGUUGACAAUUGUUUAUGCCAGAUAACAAUACCUUGGCCAGCAUCUGUUUUGAUUGGUCUUUGUUGUUCAGCUUCCUGUCAGAAGGCUGCUACAAAGCUUUGAGGAAGUUUGCAUGAUGUAUGAGUUUGAACAGUACAGUAUUACAAAGAUGUCCACAGGCACAUUAUGUUGUUGCAUAUCAUGGAGAUCUGAUAGCCUUUACUUUGUACUCACCAUAGAUUGUCUUGUGCAUUGUAAAACUCUCAUCUCACAGGUUCAAAAUGGGAGCAGAAGUGGAAUCUCAUCCUGUCUUUGUGUUUCUGUGUCUGCUGUUCACAUAUCAUUUCUUACCUCCUCACUCUGAGUGUCGAUCACUAUGUAGAAAACGUACCUAUAAUAAGGCUGGUUAGGUUGAAGCCUGCAGAGGAGAGGGAGAAACUGUGUACAGCUUAAAAUUAAAAAAAAAGAUGUUGCUUCAAACAAAGGCUCUUUCAGUUUGACAAAUAAAAACAUAUCUGUGAAAACGA